AUGCUGUCCGAGUUCGAGCGUCAAAAGGCUGAUCUGGCAGCCCAAGCGGAGAAGAAUGCUAGAGGGGCGAAUGAGAGAUUCGUAGGAAACUCGGAGAGUAUUGAAGAGUCCUUGAAGAAGCAGACUGUCGGUUUGGUCACUGCGGAGGAUUUCAAGAGGAAGCGCGAAGAGCUGGAAGAGGAGAAGAGAAAGUUGAACGGCAAGGCGGCGGCGGGGGGGUGAGAAUGUUGAGACAGGAGCGCUCAAUGAUGCACAGCGUAGCACGCUCAGAUUGCCCUCUUCCUGCACAGCGCACCCGAGAAGAAGAAGAAGAAGGACAAAAAGCAACCAAAGGCUACGCUAUCCUUUGCAGAUGAAGACGAAGAGGACGCGGCUCCAGUGACGAAAAAGGUCAAGAGCGAAGCGGUCAAGGUCAGAGCAAACCUUAAAAAUCCCGGCGUAGACACUUCCUUCUUGCCGGACAGAGAUCGAGAGCAGAGAGAGGCUGACGAGAGGGAAGCACUCAGAAAGGAAUGGUUGGCAAAGCAAGAGACGAUGAAAAAGGAAGAGAUUGAGAUUACAUAUUCUUACUGGGACGGUAGUGGACAUCGACGUUCAGUCAAGGUGAGCUCCUUGCCGUUUCAGAGCUCUCCUCGAUCUGCAGCUGAGCAAUUCGUCCACGACAGUGCCUCAAAGGAGACUCGGUCGCGCAAUUCCUCGAAAAGUGCAGACAGCAAUUCACCGAAUUGCGCACACAGUCUGUCGACAAUCUGAUGUACAUCAAGGUGAGGCAGCGAGAAAGAUCGGAUCGCUAUCACUUCACGCUGACAUCGCUCUCUCCCAUUCUCAGGAGGAUUUGAUCAUCCCGCACCACUACACCUUUUACGACUUCAUCGUCAACAAGAGCAGAGGCAAGAGUGGACCACUGUUCAACUUCGACGUCCACGAAGACAUUCGAAUGAUCUCGGAUGCUCGUGUUGAGAAAGACGAGGUGCGUCACAAAACGAUUUUCCACCAGCUUUUGGAUCAUCGCAAGCAAGCAAGCUUACAUUCGCAUCAGAUCUCAUCCACACUCCAACGCUCGUUCAGUCGCACGCUGGCAAAGUCGUCGAGAGGUCAUGGUACAAUCGCAACAAGCACAUUUUUCCCGCAUCUCGCUGGGAGCAAUUCGAGAUGGGCAAAGAUUAUGGAAGGUGAGCUCGUAUAGUCCUUCGCGGUGAACGUCAACCCUGGUGCACAGCUGACCCGAGCGUCUGCUUUGCGAACAGCUACUCCAUCGCCGAUCGCUCUUGA